GGGUGUUGGAAUUGGAAAAUCGAACAGGAAAUCAAAAUCGUUCCUUCUUCGUUUAGUUUUCGAGGGAGGGCCGUCGCACGGGAGUGUGAACGAACGAGAUGGCGGACUGCAGAUACCAGAUUUCGCAGUGCGCAUACAUAAAGCUUGUCCUUCACGCUCUGAAGCAUGCCUCCUCUUCAGUCAACGGUCUCCUCGUCGGCCGGCUUGUAGAAGGUGGCGGAUCUCCCACCGUGCAGAUCUCGGAUUCUGUCCCUCUAUUCCACUCUUAGACAGUAAAAAGCUGGAAGGAUUGCCUAAAGGGAAGGGACGCGAUCCUGUGUUGCAGUUGUUUACGAGGGAUUCCUCGAAAAGUUGGCGGUCUGCUGGAUCUGGAGGAAGCUCUCUGCUGACCACCAAAGAAACUUCAGCCAAUAUAGUUUUAUUGGACUAUAUAUCGACUGAGAAGUGGAAUGAAGUCGUGGACUUUGAUGAUCAUCUUGAUGACAUUAGCAAGGACUGGCUGAAUCCCAAUCUCUUCAAGUAGGCUUAUGGUUAUGUCUGGAACCCUCUGGUGAUCUUCUUUUAUCGAAUUGCUUCUAUGUUGGACGGUUGUAUUCUGAAUAGUAAAGUGAUUAUAAGUUGCAGCUAAUAAGAUUUUAUUUUGAUUUAUUUUCC